UGAACUCACCGCCCAAUGGAAGGGUACGGUUGUACCUGGGGGCGGGGCUUAAAGGCUCUGCCCAAUGAGAGGCUGCGCGCGGGCGAGGCCUGGAUCUUCUGCCGAAUGAGAGCACGCGGAGGGGCGGGGGUCUGGUAUCGUCUCCCAAUGAGAGGCCGCGGUGGUGCCUGGGGGCGGGGCCUGUUCCCGCCGGCCAAUGAGAGGCCACGGGGGGCGCGGGGCGGGGCGCGGCGCCGCGGUGUUUGGAUUCGAACGCGCGUCGCGACCCCGAGGGGCGGUGGCGCAGGCGCGGAGCGGCGCUGCCCCCUAGCGCCGGGGGUCGGGAUGCCGGGCGAGGACGAGGACGACCCCACCGCCGAGCCGGGGGCUGGGGGGGCCGCCCCCCCCUCCUCCCCGCCGGCCGAGGAUGGCGACACCCGGCAGCGCUAUGAGGAGCUUUGCAGUAGCCUCAACAUGGACGAGCGCGCCCGCUCCGAGGCCUGGAUGAGCUAUCAGAGUAUGAAGCGCAACUACACCCUGGAGGGAAACGAUCUGCACUGGCUAGCGUGUGCCUUGUACGUCGCGUGCAGAAAAGCAGUUCCGACUGUGAGCAGAGGGACAGCUGAGGGGAAUUAUGUAUCUUUAACCAGAAUUUUGCGCUGUUCAGAACAGAGUUUGAUAGAGUUUUUUAACAAGAUGAAAAAAUGGGAAGACAUGGCAAAUCUACCCUCCCAAUUCAGAGAACGAACUGAGAGACUAGAGAGAAACUUUACAGUUUCUGCAGUAAUUUUUAAGAAGUUUGAGCCCAUUUUUCAGGACAUUUUCAGAUAUCCUCAGGAAGACCAACCUCGUCAACAGAGAGGAAGAAAACAGAGACGACAACCGUGCACCGUGACUGAAGUUUUCCAGUUUUGUUGGGUGCUGUUUGUUCAUGCAAAAGGUAAUUUUCCUAUGAUCAGUGAUGACUUGGUCAAUUCCUACCAUCUCUUGUUGUGCGCUUUGGAUCUAGUGUAUGGAAAUGCUCUUCAGUGUCCUAACCGUAAAGAACUUCUGAAUCCUAAUUUUAAAGGUCUACCUGAAGAUUUUCAUAGUAAGGAUUAUAAAGUAUCAUCUGAUCCUCCCUGCAUCAUUGAAAAACUGUGUUCACUACAUUAUGGAUUAGUUUUAGAAGCAAAAGGCAUAAAAGAACAUUUUUGGAAGCCAUAUAUUCGGAAACUUUUUGACAAAAAGCUUUUAAAAGGAAAAGAUGAAAAUUUGACUGGAUUUCUAGAUCCUGGGAACUUUGCAGAUAGCUUCAAAGCCAUCAACAAGGCCUAUGAGGAGUAUGUUUUGUCAGUAGGAAAUCUUGAUGAGCGAAUAUUUCUUGGGGAGGAUGCAGAUGAAGAAAUAGGAACUCUCACAAGGUGCUUAAAUACAACUUCAGGGAUGGAAACAGCUGAAAGAGUGCAAGUGAAGCAUAAUUUGCAGCACCACUUUGACAGGUCCAAAUCACUUAGGAUUACAACCCCACUUACUGGCCGCAAAUAUAUUAAAGAGAGCAACCCAUACGUGACACCUGUUUCCAUAGCAACGUACAGUUUGAGCCGCCUUCAUACGAUGCUGGCAGGGCUGAAAAAUGCCCCCAGUGAAAAUCUGGAGCGAAUACUCAGGGCAUGUUCCAGAGAUCCUUCCGAGUCCAUUGCAAACAGAGUAAAAGAAAUGUAUGAAGUGUACUGCCAGAGCAUGCAGUCUGAAGGAGAAUUCAGUAAUUUUUCCAAAGAUGUUGCUAGUAAGCAUUUUCGGCGUGCUGAGGUGCUAUACUACAAGGUCUUGGAGUCAGUCCUUGAGCAAGAGAAGAGGAGACUGGGAGACACUGACUUAUCUGCAAUACUGGAGCAAGAUGUGUUUCAUAGAUCUCUGCUGGCGUGCUGUCUUGAGAUAAUUACCUUUACCUAUAAACCACCUGGAAACUUCCCAUUUAUCAUUGAAAUAUUUGACAUUCCUGCUUAUCAUUUUUACAAGGUAAUUGAGGUGUUCAUUAGAGCAGAGGAUGGCCUCUGUCGAGAAGUAGUGAAACACCUUAAUCACAUUGAAGAACAGAUCUUGGAAAGUAUGGCGUGGAAACAGGAAUCUGUAUUGUGGGACAGAAUCAGAGAUAAUGAGAACAAAGUUCCUAGCUGUGAAGAGGUAAUGCCACCUCAGUAUUUUGAGAGAUCAGCUGGCAACAGUGUUGUAGGUUCACCGUUGACACCAAGACGAAUAAACGAGGUUCGUGCUGAAACUGCAGGACUAGGAAAAGGCAUUUCAUCUUCUCCAACUACCCUGUAUGACAGAUACAGUUCUCCUACAGCCAAUCCAACAAGGAGAAGACUGUUCGUUGAUAACGACAAUACCUCUGACAGCGGAACUCCAGUCCGAGUUUCCCAACAGCCUGUGGUAAACACGGUGCCUGUGCAGAACAUGAACCCCGAAGCAAUGUCGGUAACUCCAGUGCCGGGCCAGACACUGGUCACAGUGGCAACUGCCACCGUAACUGCCAAUAACGGGCAAACUGUUACCAUACCAGUACAAGGUAUUGCCAAUGAAAAUGGAGGAAUAACUUUCUUCCCAGUACAAGUAAACGUAGGUACCCAGCCACCAGCUGUCUCUGGUCCCAUUCAGCCUCUCAGCGCCCAGACUCUGGCUGGCAGCCUCAACACUCAGAUGACUGGGGCCACCCUGCAGUUACCAGGCCAGCUAACUGUUCAGCAGAUCUCUCCUGGAGAGCAGAGACCAACCCAGCAAUUUACCACUGCCACGUCCCUCAGGCCUCGGAAGAUGGGCUCACUUUCACUCUUCUUUAGAAAGGUGUAUCAUUUAGCUAGUGUUCGUCUGCGAGAUCUGUGUGUCAAGCUCGAUAUAUCUGAUGAGCUGCGGAAGAAGAUCUGGACUUGUUUUGAGUACUCCUUGGUGCACUGCCCUGAAAUCAUGAUGGACAGACAUUUGGAUCAGCUGCUGAUGUGCGCCAUCUAUGUAAUGGCUAAGGUUACUAAGGAAGACAGAUCGUUUCAGAACAUUAUGCGCUGCUAUCGGACACAACCACAAGCCAGGAGUCACGUAUAUCGGAGCGUCCUGAUAAAAGGCAGGAGGCAACGACGACGCUCUGGCAGCAAUGACAGCAGUAGCCAGCAGAACUCGCCUGCAGAGAGAGGUAAAGAGAGAAACAAAGAAACAACCAGCAGAGACUCGAGCCCCGUAAUGCGAUCCAGCAGCACCCUGCCUGUGCCGCACCCCAACAGCGCUCCCCCUACGCCAACCAGACUGACGGGCGCCAACAGUGACACUGAGGAGGAAGAGCGAGGGGACCUUAUACAAUUCUAUAACAACAUCUACGUUGAGCAGAUUAAAGAAUUCGCCCUGAAAUACAUUGCAAAUGCGACAGAUUCUCCGCCACUUUCGCCCUACCCAUUUGUAAGGAUUGGCUCCCCUCGCAGAAUACAGCUGUCCCAGAAUCACCCCGUGUACAUCUCGCCACACAAAAAUGAGUCUGCCCUCUCUCCUCGAGAGAAGAUAUUCUAUUAUUUCAGUAGCAGCCCAUCUAAGAGGCUAAAGGAAAUUAACAGCAUGGUUAGAACUGGAGAAACUCCAACAAAGAAGAGAGGCAUUCUCUUAGAGGAUGGUACUGAAGCACCCGCCAAGCGAAUCUGCCAAGAGAAUCACACAGCUCUGUUAAGAAGACUGCAAGAUGUAGCAAAUGACAGAGGGUCUCACUGAGCCAAAUGUUUCAGCACAGGCAUGUCAAUCCAUCUGCUCUAACCAGUCCACUCACACCGCUUUUAUCAGCGCUUUACCACUUUCACCUUUGGACUAGGAAGUUCUGCGGGCACUGGACGUGGGAGCGCUGCACCGAGGAACUGCAUUCAGUGGUGUCUUGAUUUUUUACAGAAACGACCUCCACAACAAUAAUGACUUACAAGGAAUAAUCAGUUCUGCUUGAAAAGGGAAGAUGGGAAUAACCUUUGUAAGCCCUGAAGGAAGUUAUCUGAAUGGAUUUAUUUCACAUUCAGGAUGUUAUGGGUGCCCCUAAAAACCAUCGUGUUGUUUUGCUUUAAUGUUUGGGCACCUUGUUGUAUAAAGGUAGGUAGAUAAUUUUGUUUAUGCCUUGGUUUUAGCUGUGCAAUGUUUUAAAGUGAACUCAUGUUCAAAAGGUGGCACUUUUGGUAGGGCUGUGAAGCAUCAUUUUUAAGGCAGAUUAGUUUUGCUGUAUAUUUGCAAUGGCACUUUCUAAAUGUGAAUAUUUUUUGCAAAGGCCAAUUUCAGAUGUUUCUCUGGAUUGACACAGUUUGACUUUUGUAUUUAUUUUCCAAUUGAUGUCCCGUAGCUCCCCUCUUCAGCAAAUUGCAUUAAAGAUCCAGUUUAACUUUAUGCACAUGCAGUAAUGAACAGAGGAAGCUAGGGAUGUUUGCUUUUUUCAUGGAAUUUUAUAUACUUGUAAUGCUUCUUCAGAUCUCUUUUCUUGAGAGCCAGGAACUGGCCACCUCACUCUCUCCCCAGGGAGGACAGUGGUGUCCCUCUCAAAACAUAUACCUGCCUUUUUUGUUUGUUUUCAAAGGAUGGGGUGGAGUGGGUUUGUUUUUCAGGCUGCCUGGGAGAGAUCUCUCCCCUGCUAACAGGAAACUUGGUGCAUAGAUUAGACUUAGUAGCUGUUUUCAUUCAUAAUAGUUCCAAAAUACCAGACAUUAGGAAAGCACUAAGCAUACUAACAAGCGGUACAGCACAUACCAACUCACUCCUUCACAAUGAUGGAACUGGGACAGUGGUGGUGGUAAGGGAAAAUGUAGCACACUCAGAUUUGAGGAAUUUUUAUAAGGAAGCAAAAGUUAAAAGCUCUGCAUUUUCAGUCAUUCCUACUCCUCUGAAUAGUGAGGAAAUAUAGGACUUAAUUCCACUGUAAAUUCAAUUAAAGUAAAGUAAGAGUCUCUUUCAUUCUUACCUGCAUAAUGAAAAGGCUGAAGUUGAGAAAUUGUGUAGAUGUUCCUGUAAAAAUAUUUAUGAAGCUGUCAGACCAUUCUUGUUACUACCAUUUAUGUUACUUUGUAUGAAAAUACUGCAAGUGUAUUUUUCAAUAAAGAAUUUAUAAUCUCA